GUUUUCUCAGACCUGGCAACCCUGCUCACUGCCACACGGACACAAUGGAACUGCUGUGACAAUAUCUAGCAGACAUCCCUUGUUGUAACAGAGUCGUGUCUCCGUCUGUCAGUGCAACGUUGAAUAGGUGUUGUCUUUAGACUGCUAACAGCUAGCUUACUGUCAUUUUUGCGUUAACGAAUUAGCUUGGUGAGAGCGCUAAUAUUAGCUAGCUAAGCAGCUGCUUGAGCUCUGCUCCUUGGUUUGGUUAUAUUCCCUCAGAUACAUUAUUGCUCUCCAACUAAUCUGAUUGAGAGGGAUUAUGGCGUUUCCUUUUGAUAUUAACCAGUUAUUCCCCGAGAGGGUCACGCUCUUGGACCAGACUCUUGUUGCGGAAAAUCGUAAAUCAACAGAAAGACCAGAUCUUUUGGCACACAUAGUAACGGUCAUUGAUGAACUUGGAAGAGCCUCGGCAAAGGCCCAACAACUCACAACUCCAAUAACAAGUGCUUCCAAACUACAGUCCCAGAAGCAUCAGCUGUAUCUGCUGAAGGACGUAGAAAGCAACAGAGGACAUGGUAUGGUUGUGGGAUUUCUCAAGGUCGGCUACAAGAAGUUAUUUCUUCUUGACCGACAGGGUGUGCACAUAGAGGCAGAGCCACUGUGUGUUUUGGAUUUCUACAUUGCAGAGAACUUUCAGAGACAUGGCUACGGAUCAGAGCUGUUUGACUUCAUGUUGCAGCACAAUAAUUUAGAGCCGGUGCUGAUGGCUUACGACAGGCCCUCGGCAAAAUUUCUGUCGUUCCUGGCAAAGAAUUACUGGCUGACACAAAGUGUCCCACAGGUCAAUAACUUUGUGGUGUUUGAGGGAUUCUUCCUCAACAAAACAGUUGCCCAGUUGAGAAAGGUUCCCCUGAAAAAACCAGACGGAGAGAUCAAACCCUACUCUGUAAUGGAGAGAGAAGUUGUAAAUCAGGAGCAGAGGGCUCUUCCUUGGCCAUUCCCUCUGCCUCACUCCCCCCAGCGGUCAGUAUCGUCCCAGAGCUCCAAUUCCCUCAGUGUGGGAUCCUCCCCCAGCAGGGUGCCCCUUCAAGUCACCUCAGCUUCUGCAGUUGCAGGCAACAGAGACAACAGCCCACAGUCCCCUCUCACUGAGCAUUGCAGGGCAAGACGCACCAGCCAACAGGGUCUAGCUGCUAGAUGCAGCCUGUACCAUUGGCACUUGGACACCAGAGCUGUUGGACUGCUCGACAGACAUACGCAUGCCAGGUAAGAUUCAGUAUAGAUGUUAACUUCAGUCAAAAACCUUGUUAGACUCAUACAUGGAAGUCAUACUGAUGCUUGAUUAUUUGCAUCCUGCCUUCAAAUGCACCUCAUAGUUACGAUAUUGGAAAUUCAUGUGGUUUAGUCGUGUAAAACAGUGCUGCAAGGCUACGGCAACAUGGACACUGAUGUUGCAAGCUGGCAGGCAUGUAAUGUAAUGCAGGAAAUGCAAAGGCAUAAUGAUUGAGGGAAAAGAUGAAGCUGUUGAAAAUAUAUUGGGAAAUAUAUAUUCCUCAUAGUGUUGUAAAAUUUUGAAGGAAAACUCAAUCCAACUAACAUUGCUAAAAUAAUCAUCCAUACAACAAAAAAAGAACUUUGGCCUUUGCCAUUUCUUUAAAACAAACAUCGCACAACCUGUUCUGAGGUCUAAGGCUGUAAACACUACAAGGCGGGGGUGUUAAUAUGGACUCUGUGGUAAACAUGACCCCAUUUACAUGUGGCAAUAUGCUUACUGUGUUAUACUGGUCAUCAUGUUUUAGUAUAACAUGGUUCACGAUUCUGCACACUUGAUCGCUACACUUUAUCAAUGUAGCUCUCCUCAGAUCCUCUUCAGAUGUUCAAAGGACUGUAAAGCAGAACAUUUUUUAUAAAACGUAGAGUACAGUGUGCUCAGGAUUCUUUGGUUUCCUCAGUCAAAAUGCUUCAGUUCUACGCAUCUCUCAAUAAGACUAGGAUGUUAGGCGGUAUUUGAGUAACAACAUAGCAUCCUCGCCUGUGUUUAUCUGGCUCUAAUUUCCAACACUUCAAACUAAUAUUCCAAAUUAAUGGUAAACAGUUGCAGCAUAUUUAGCAGCUGUCAGUUAAAAAUGUAUUUAAUGCCUGUUCACUCCCAGAAACAGUUUAAUAGACCCAGAGGUAUACGAUUCUAAUUUCAAUGCUGGCCUCUAAGGUCCAUCUAAAGGUUAGCCUACUUAUUAAAUAUUAUCUCUGCAACUAAAAUUUCAUAUAGUAUAAUUUGAGGACCAUAUAUGUGAUUUUAAAUCACCAUAUUGCAGAAAUAGUGAAUGAUAACCUCAGUACUUCCAGGACAGUGGUCUAGGGCUGCACUAUAUUAGGAAAACAUGCGAUAUGCGAUAACCAUGUUGAAUAUCGCAAUGACGAUAUGACUUGCGAAUUUCUCCACAGAGAAGGUGUACAGCCCGGCCGCAGCACCAUCUAGUCCAGUGUCCACAGACACACAGGGAGCCAUGCACAGCUCCACUAAGUCCACAUACAGUGUUAAUUUUUCAUACAUUGGAUCGUGAAAUGUUAUUAUUUUUACAGUUUUUAGCGGUUACAUCAGUAAUUUACUGCUCCUCUCUGUGUCUUUAUCAUUUGCGCUGCCCACUGCGACAAAAGCGUCAAAACAAACCAAGCAUGCAGUCGCAGUGUGUAUGUGUGUGUGUGAAUAUUUAAUUCGUCAAUUAUCUCUGUUAUAAGGUGCUCAAUCGCUUUAUAAUGAUAGUUGUAUAUUUUUUUUUUGUCUACGUUUAAUAAUGAUAUUGGCCUAUAAUCCCCACAAUAUUCCGUGUCCCUUCCUUGUUUUGGAAUAACUGUUGUUAUUGCUUCCUUCCAUCAAUCAAAUUGUAUUUGCAUAGCCCAUAUUCACAAAUCACAAUUUGUCUCAUAGGGCUUUAACAAGAUGUGACAUCCUCUGUCCUUAACCCUCAACAAGAGUAAGGAAAAACAAGAAAAGAAGU